AUGGCAGUCACGCUGUUGGUCCUGGCCGGAGCGCUGUCCGUGGCGAGCGCGGGUCUGCUGGGCGCCCCCGCCGUCGUCGCACCCGGAGCGCCGCUCGCCGCCCCCGCCUACGCCGCCCCCGCCUACGCCGCCCCCGCCUACGCCGCCCCGGCCCUCGCCGUCGCGCGCGCCGCGCCCGUCGUCGCCAAGGCUGCCGUCGUCGACGACUACGACCCGAACCCUCAGUACAGCUACGCGUACGACAUCCAGGACGCGCUGACCGGCGACUCCAAGGGCCAGCAGGAGACCCGCAACGGCGACGUGGUGCAGGGCAGCUACAGCCUGGUCGAACCCGACGGCUCCCGCCGCACCGUCGAGUACACGGCGGACCCCGUCAACGGCUUCAACGCCGUCGUGCACCGCGAGCCCGUGGUGGCCGCCAAGGCUGUCGUCGCCGCCCCCGCCGUCGCCAAGGUGGCCGCCCCGGUCGCCUACGCCGCCCCCGCGUACGCGAAGGUGGCCGCCCCCGUCGCCUACGCCGCCCCUGCGUACGCCGCCCCUGCCGCCUACGCUGCUCCCCUGCACACCAAGGCCAUCCUCGGCUAA